AUGUUUCUUUGCGCCACCAUCUCGAAGCAUUCUAACACGACGACAGGACGACAAAACCGCGCGGAUCGCCUGAAUGAGCGUCUUCGCGGUGCUCAGCGCGCCAAUGUAGACGAUGAAUCUUUCAGCCUCGACAUCAACAGCCUCAACAUCUCUGGUCUUGCCAUUGCAUCAUCAGUCGCAUCAGCCUCGAGCCCCGCCGCCAAUGCUAAAUACUCCCCAACAAAUUCAGCAAAAAGAAGGAGGCUGAAUAAAAAUGCGACGGCCACAACUUCUCCAGAGCACGCACCGAGCCCUACCCCUCGACGACGAAGGGGCCGACCUCAGCCACCUAUAAACCCGUCGAGCGAACUGCCAGAUGCGCCAAGCGAACCAGUGCUGGAUCACGAUGAAAUGGACGAAGACGAACCUACACCUAGAGCUGGCAGAACCCGAGUACCACAACCUUCAAGCUCAGUAAGAUCAACCAUUCCUAUGAUUAUAGAGGAAGACGAAGAUGAGCUCGAAAAUCUACCGCCACACCCCGGUGCCAUUUCGGCUGCGCUUUUGCAAUCGCCUUCGGCGCGCAGAUCCGAGAAGACGAUCGAAGAGGUGGCAGAGUCUCCUGCAGAUGCGCCAGGAAGCGGGAAGCGGCGUCGCGUGCCCGUGAGCGAGACCAUAAGCUCUAGUAUUAAGCUGAUGGGUGUGAUAUCAUCAGAUGAUGGAAUUCCCAUGCCUUCAUCUCCUCUCGUGAAUAAGUUGCGCCGUAGCGACGCAGCCUCAUCAAGGAGGUCGGCUGCAACAGUAUAUGGCCAAGAAGCGAGCAACCUGGCGGAUGAGCUGUCUUCUGAUGGCUUCCCCCAACUAGCUGAAUUAGAAGAAGAUGAGUUAAUGGUGGCCGCCGACUUGGUUAUUGAAGAAAGCACAAUUUUACAAGAUGAAGAAGAGGAGGAGGAGAACGCUGAGGAAUAUGAUGAAGAGGAAACACCGAAAGCUCCAAAGACAAAACGCACGAGAAGACCACGAGAACCCUCUCCAGAGUUGGGUUCCCAGCCACUGGAGGAUAUACGAGAAGAAACAGAAGAGCCGGAGUCUGAGCCCGAAAAUGAUGAGAUUGGACUAGAGCCUGAGCCAGAAUCGGAAGGACAACAAGCCCUGGAACCUGAACCGGAGUCUGGGCCAGAAAGAGAGGAAGAAACAGAGGAUGAAGCUGAAGUGGAAGAAGCCGUGCUACCAACUCCUCCCAAACGAAAGCGCGGGCGCCCCAGCAAGAGCCCAACUAACCAGAAGCAACCUACUACUAAACCGAAACCUGUUAAACCAAAAAAGCGAGUUCAAGCACAACCAGAAAAUGCCAAUGAUGAGAACGAACAGCCACAGCCCAAGAAGGCAAGAACAAAGAAGAGGCAUAGUGAUCAGAGCGAAGGUGAUGGUGGAAUGAUCGAAAUCACGGUCCAGCGGUUUGUCAACCUCAAGAAGCGCGGCAAUGAGGAUGACGAUCUAGAUCCGCUGCAAAAUGAGAUGGCGUUUAUGAAUCACGGAGGAGAAAGCGUUAUCGACGUAUUCGCUCAGGUUUGCGACGAGGUGAUCUCUACGACCCUAGAGCAGCUUCAGGAGGUGUCCGCUAGUGCGGAAGAUUUAGCAAAAAAGAAGGAGUAUCGUAUCAAGACGCGAGCUAUAGAGGCUUACAGAGAAGAGCUCAAGUCCCGGUUCCUUCAGCAUGCUAUCCACUUGAAUCACUGGCACUCCUUGCGCAAGCGGCUACGGCAUGUGCAAAAGGAGAAGAUGGCUUUACGCGAGGAGAUUAUGCGUAUCAAAGCUGAGAGAGAGCAGGUUGCUCUCCGAAUGGAUGCUAUCAGAAUCAAGCAUGAGGCUGAUGCUAGAGAAUCAAAGUAUUGUCUAGAUGCAUCCUCUCUCAUGCAUGAUGUAGACCUUGCCGUAGAACAAGGCAGGGAAGCACCAGAGCUUUCACGCGCGGCACAAAAGGAGGCCGAGUUGGCCAAUCUCGAGCUUCUUGUGUCUCGCAUAUCGGAGCAGGCCAGCUCGUCCAGCUUUACAGGCGGCAUUCUCAGACAGGUCAGAGACUUCAACUCAUUCUUAGAGCGGGCUGCCAUAGCACUUGAAUCACGAUGA